AGAUCUUCUCGCCAUUUGCUCUCACGGCCAUCCGAGCACAACCUCACCACCACACAUGCGGCAUCGUUGCGGACGGUGAAGGAGCGAUCACCAGAGCAUCAGUGUCUGCCGUAGCUUGCCAUCCUUGAGGAACACCACCAAGGCCCGGUCGAUCACGCAGUCUAUCGCAGCCUCGGGCCCACGACUGCCUAGCAUGGAUUGCUCCUAUGCCUCGUCUUCCGCCCAUACCUUGGACGACGACAUAGCAGUCGGCUCUCGUCAGCCAAAUCCUUCAGGUGAAAGUGUGACAAGAGCAAUUGAAGAGGAGAAGCAGACCUCUCCAGCGGCGCAGUACUAUCCGCCCUCCACCCCGCACCUCAAUCCGAAUAAUCUCCUCAUCCUCUCGCAUCAGUCCAGAGGCAGGGGCGUGUAUGCGUCGAGGCCUCUGCCGGCUGGCACCGUCGUCGAAAUCAGCCCUGUUCUGAUCUUUGGCAAAGAUGAAUGGGAGCAGCAUGGUUCGAGGACGAUCUUGGACUGCUACACAUUCAAGUGGGGCAGAAUGGGGGAGAUGGCACUAGCCUUGGGUCUUGGGUCUUUAUUCAAUCACUCAGCGUCCCCAUCUGUUGCAUUCAAGCUUGAUCGUCCCUCGCACUCUAUUCGCUACACACUCGUACGAGACGUUGUAGCAGGGGAAGAGCUGUGCAUCUCUUAUGGCCCCUGGGGCCAGCAAUACGAGGAAGGCUCAUCCAAUCCGGAUAGCGGCGAUGUAUCCGACUAUGAUGACCGCAAAGAGAGGGAACUGGCGGACUUUCUCAAGAUAGGCGAAGAGAGGAGUGAUAGCGAAGGAGAGACCUCCAGCCAGAGGCCAGGUGUACAGAGAAAGGUCGUCAGAAGAACGAGGACGAGGUACAUCAAUGGCAAUAGCGCAACGAAGCCCUCGAAUAGUAACACUGGCAGUGGCAGUGACAGCGGGCUAGAGCGUACAAGUAGGAGCUCGGACGGAGGUGAAGCACUGCGAGCGGCAGUCGGCUCGCAUUUGUCAGACGAUCACACGCGAAGCGCCCUCAACAAGGCCAUGGACAGAAGAGAAUCCAAUGGCCCAUCCUCAAUAUCGCAGACGAGCGUCGUAACCGUCAAUGGCACAUCUGCUGCCUCCUCAUCAGCUCCCGUCUGGCGUCUCUCCUCACUACCGGACCCCAUGACGGUGCCGCUUCAAAUGCUCUCUUGCUAUGCUCUGCUCAUUCCUCCGCGGUCCUCCUCGGAGAUUAUGAAGUUCUUGCGGAAGCAUUCGCUUUUCUUAGGUCGUGGAAAGGUCCCCGGCUCAGAAGAGGACGCGAUACGUCACGCAAAGACUCUCAUGAAGCAUCCGGACGAUAAUGGCAACCUCCGAUCACUUCUGUGUCCAGCUGCCCACGUAGACGAGGCAGCCCUGAAGCAGCUGCUGAAGGAGGAUGGCUUGAUGGAUGCGGAAGAAAGAGAGACAAAGCUGCUCCGCGUGGACGUAGCGUCGACGCCUGCCCCAAUCAAGACGAGAGCAACAGAAUGGUCAGCGUCUUGGCCCGUAGCCUUACGAUCCAUGGCCAACUCUUCGAACAGCGCAGCUGUCCCCUCACCUGGCACCCCAAGUCAGGGUGGAGGUACCUCUACACCGUCUGCGAUCCACGCGUCAACGAGGCCAGGCUUUAUCGACCGGAAGAUAGAUGCAGCCUUCUGGUCAGAGAAGAGGGUACACUGGGUCAUACGGAAGCUAGCCAGAUGCGUGGUGCUUGCCCAGGAUGCGAAAGACCGGGGUGAGAUUCCUGUGGGAGUACAUGUCUGUCCUAGUAUUCUCUCGACAGCGAUCGCAAGCAAUGGCGGUACAGGGGUUCCCGCGGCCCCUUCUUCGACAGCCGCAUCGGAGUAUGUCAACCACUCGGGUACAGAUGCCGUGACGCUUGUGCCUCCACCUUCGUCCUCGGAGGUGCAAGGGAGCGGGUCCGUUACCCUUGCAGCGCCCUGGUACGGCGGAUGGGACUCCGAUGGCAUUCCUCUGCCCGGCGGUGAGGCCAUAGAAGUAGACGCUUUUGAUACAAGGAAGUCGCAAAGGAACCCCAUCAAGCAUGCCGUGGGGAAUGCCAUUCAAGGAGUGGCAGAGCUGCGAGCCUACAAGCGUGGAGCAGCAUCCACCAGCGCCGAGCAGCAACCAUCCGUCAUCCGGGGUCGGCCAAUGGGCAGUGAGCCGUCCAGCGAUCAUUCAGCGGAGCAGAGCAUCUCCCCAGUUGCUCGCCUCGCCUCGAAUGGAGAUGCGCAUGCCGACGCAACGAUGGCGUCAUCGCCACAUACCGCCCUGACUUCGCUAUCACCCUCUCCUGCCCGGCCGGCCUCGCCAUCUCUCCCGCUCUUACUCAACGGUCAAGAUUACCUCCUCACCUCUCUCACCCUCUUCACCACCCACGAACCCUGCGUGUACUGCUGCAUGUCUCUUGUGCACUCUCGCGUGCGCACGUUGAUCUUUCUCGAAAGCUCCAGCGGAUCUGGUGGAUGUUGCGGCAGUCAGCUCCCCGAUGGGAAGAGAUGCAACGAUGGUCUUGACGAAGGGGGGGAGGGAGGACCUUAUGCUUUGCAGGAGCAGAGAGGCCUAAACCAUCGAUUCGAGGUUUGGAAGUGGAGAGGUGGGAGGCAGAGGAUUGAGGAGGAGGUGGCACGGCUGCGUGGUGAAAGACAGCAGGAGGAGGACCUGGCGAAUCUUCUGGACUUGAAGAGGUGGGGAAAUAUCGAUCCGUAAGCGCUCACGCUGAGGUAGUGCUC